AUGGCUGCGGCGCUCUUCUCCCAGGUUCGGCUGGAACUCGACGUCGCCAAGACCGGAGUGUGGCGCCCAGACGGCCGCGCCGCCUCGCUGCCGGACGGCGCUGGGGCGUGGGUCGCCGACGCCCUCCCGUGUCUGGGCAGCGCAGUGAUCUUCGCCGGAGCCCGCCCAGACGAGGGCGACGACGAGUGGCGGGGCACCCGCGCGGAGAUUCUCGACCAGACCUCUCCGGCCGCCGCGGCCCCGCGGCCGGCUGCGUUCGGCGACGCGCUGGAGGACCUGCGGGCGGCUGGCCCGGCGAAGCAGCGCUGCUUUGCGCUGCUCCGCCAACGGCGUGUGACGCACCUGCGGCGAGCCAGGCUGGCACCGCGCGGCCGAUGGCGCUCCUUCGACGACGGGGUGGUCGUGCAGAUCGAGCGCUUGGCGGGGCCGGGAUUCACUGCGAACGGCCGGGAGGUCCUAAGGGCGGGGCAGGCGGCGCCCGGCCUGGCCUGGGCGGAGGAGGCCGCGCCCGAGCUCACGGCCGCGGUGUCCGAGGCCAAGGCGAGGCUCCGCGCCGACGGCGCCUGGGUGCCCUGGGGCUCCCGGUGCGUGGUCAAGCAGAGAACCUGCUCCCGCCGGGUGGUGGGCCGCCGGCGCCGCUGGUUCCUCGACCGCGCCUCUCCGGGCCUGAAGCGGGGCUCUUCCAGUCCCAUGGCGGGGCGGCGCCUGCUUGGCAACGACGAGUUCGCCGCGGCCCUGCGCCGGCGGCUGCUCUACGAGGACCCAGCCGGCACUGGCGGCAGACCUUGCUGCAACGCUGCCCGUGGCACUGCGCUGCAAUGCGGGGCCUCGGCGCGCGAGCCGCUUGCCGUGCGCGCCGACGAGCGCCCCGCGGGACCUGGGUUUGCGCGCCGCCACGACGGCGCGCGGGGCGCGCUGGGCGAGUGGCUGGUCGAGCGCCACGGCCAGAACGCGGUCGGCUUCGAGCGGCGCAUCCCCACCUUGGGCCGGCGCGCGGGCGAGGGCAUCCAACGUGCCGCCCUCGACGCGGUGCUGGCGCACCCCGGCGGGCGGGCGUGGUGCGACGUGGGCGUCGCCGAGGGGCUGCCGGCCGCGGCCGCUGAGGGGGCCGGCGAGGCGCUGGGCGGCGCCGCGCUGCCGGGCCGCAGAGCAGACCGGCCGAGCGCCCCGGACGGCCCGGAUACCGCCGCCCACAUCCACGAGACCGCCGCCCAGACGGUGAAGGGGGCCAAGCAGCUCUGGGGCAACCUCAGCGGGCUCUGGCGGGAGGCGCAGUCCGCCGUGGCCGACCAGAUCGCCACCCUGCAGGGCGGCGAG